AUGCCUGAUUUUAUUUAUUGUGAACCUUGUUUAAAAUUGGAGAAAAAAGAUGAGGAAGAUUCUGAUAAAAAUAAUCCAUUUUCACAUUAUGAUAUCAAAUGUUAUAGCAAAAAUAUAAGUACGAGUAACCUUUCUCGUCACCUAAUUAAUGUGCAUAAAAUAUCAGAAAAAACUAAUAAUAAUAAAUCCAUUCAAACUCUAAAAAUGUUUAUAAUGCCAACGCCAACAUGUAGCAAGAAUAUAAAAGAUAAAAAAUGGCUCUUAGGGCGAAAUUAUGUUUUGAUGUGCUGCUUAGAUUUAUUGCCAUUUGAUUUUAUAAGCAAUAAUGGGAUGACAGACUUUCUAAAGAUAAUUGAUUCCUCAUCAGAAUUGCCUAAUAGGACAACUAUUAGUCGGGGAGCACUUGAUGAUGUUUAUUGUUCUAUAAAGGCACAUGUUUUAAACCUGAUUGAUGCUGGUCCAAAAUUCUGUUCCAUUACUUUUGAUUUAUGGACCGAUCAUUUCAAGCGGCGAUAUUAUAUUACAUUUAGUCUUCAUCAUUUAGAUGAAAAUUUUGAUUUAAAAUAUUUUACCCUGGCAACCCGAAAUGUGACUCAAAAGCAUACUGGGGAAACCAUAUUAUCGGAGAUUGAUGGUAUCGAAGAGGAGUUUCAUUUAAAAGCCAAAAUAAUACAAAUGGUAACUGAUGCAGGGGCAAAUGUCAAAAGAAGCGUCAGAUUGGGGGAUUAUGAGCAUCAUUUAUGCUUAGGCCAUGGACUACAUAAUUUGGUUACAGUUGAUGGCAUAAAAAAAGUUGCCAGAAUUGAUAAUCUCCUUAAAAAAAUUAGAGAAAUUAUUUCAGCCCUCAGAUAUCGAGUAGCUGAUUUGGAAUGUGAAAUUGAAGAUGAGCAUCGUAAAUGUCUCCAGUCAAUUUAUGAGACAGGUCAUAUCUUGGAUAUUGAUGAUUCUGAUCCAUACCUUGAUGACCAUUUUGAUAACGAAGCGGAUAAUAGAAAUGUCAUUACACCAACCAAUCUAUAUAAUACAAAAACGUUAAAAUUAAAUUGCCCUACCCGCUGGCACAGCAUAUUAAUAAUGCUAGAAAGUGUUCGUAGCGUGAACAAAAAUCCUAUUAAUAAUGUUUUGAAUAAAAUAGGAAAACAAUGUUUAAAACUUUUUAAUAAUGAAUGGGAUAUGAUUGACGAGCUUUAUGCCGUAUUAAUUCCAUUCCGAGAGUCGGUGGAAUUUCUUUCCUCCCAAAAGGGAUCGACUAUAAAUCUAGGUGAAAUCCAAGUUGAAGAUAAUGGAGAGACUUCCAGUUCUUAUAUCGCCAAAAUAGCUCGUAAACAUUGCAUUCCAGGCAGUGAUUAUAACAAUAUAAGUAAUUUAGAACAAGAAUGCCAUAUUUUGCUAAGCCAAAAUAAUAUCCCAGAAGAGGAUGCAUUUACCUUUUGGAAGAAAAAGCAACUGGAACUUCCUAUGCUGGCUAACUUAGCUAGGAAGGUUCUUUGUAUACCUGCAACCAGUACACCCAGCGAAAUAAUUUUUUCCAUUGCUGGAUUAAUACUCAAUGCAAAAAGGACUUCUUUAUGUCCCACCAAUCUUGAUAAAAUUCUAUUAAUUCAUGAUAAUUAUAAUUUAGCUAAAUCUGAAUUCUGA